AUGCCUAUCGAACAGGUAAUUCUUACAAUCCACGCCAUCUAUGACCUACCGCGGGAGAUGCAGCAACUGGAUCCGCGGCGGGAGCAGCUUGAGCUUUUUGUGCAGCCUGUAGUCAACUACAACUACCGGGGGCGACGCGUGAAAUUACUGCCGUUGGGCGAGAGCGUGAUGCCAUUUUCCUCCUCCUCCAUUUUGUUCAAACGCGAGCGUUUUAUUUUGGAUUUGGGUAACGUCACGACGCCCUACGCAAGCCCAAAAUGUACGCUGCCGUCGAUCUCGCCGCGUACCUCACCGUGGCGACGGUGGUACCCAACGGCAGGGGGAGAGACAAACGAAGAGGACGACAGCGACAACGAAACGAGCAACAAUGACACAAAAAGAAAUAUGAUCCAUGGAAAUCAAGUUUUGCUGCAGUACCCUUGUACGCUUGGCCUCUCAACAACUCUUGAUGUCAUGGUUGGCGUUCGUCAGCAUCGCAUAGGAUCCUUCGUGCUGCGAUGUAUCACGGUCGGUCAAAGUGCAGACACACACUCCGAUGGCGCCGGGUUUUUCUCAGUGGCAAUCGAGGAGGUCCGAAAGAAGAAGACUGUCACACGCGUUGUUGGUCUCAGUGUAGGCGGCGUCAUACUCUCCGUCUCAGUGAAUCCAAAUGACGACAAGGAAUCUGUACUUGGGCGCCUCAUCGGGGACAAGAAUCGUAACCUCGCCAGUUGUGGCAAUAAUCAAGCUCUGGAGAAGCUGGAUGUGGCUGCCAUGUUGCUUGAAGGGUUUUCAGAAGUGGAGAUUUAUCAACACAUGCGUCUGAUUGUGGAUCCCGAUUAUUAUCUUCGACGUUUAGAGAACCUUAUUGCGUUGUACCCAGCACAAGGGAGUGAGGAGUGGCGACAGAGUGGCGUAUUGCUGCAGAAGUACGCAUCGAGGGAGGAGGAACUUAUGCGCAGGGCCAAUUUGGAGAUUGGACCCGAGUGCUCUAGCGUCUCUGCACGGCACCGCUUAUUGGCCUACCGCUACAAGUAUCAUCUUAGCGACCAAAGCGUACGGGAGUGCCUUCAGUCCGUUCUGGGGGAAGAAAUCCAUGAAACGUUGGUUACGGAGCCGGAGGUUGUGUUUGAGCUACU